AUGUUCGAGAUGCACUCUUCCCAAUGGAAACGAUCCGCUGCAGCCAGCGUCGCGGCGGAAGACGAAGCCAUUGAAGGGGAGAUUGAGCAGGAGGUCUUUUCGCAGACACCACAAUCCGAUGCCCAAAUAAAUCGAGCCGUACAACAUGGUCCGGUCACAAAGUUCAAAGACCUGGCGGAGCGUGGGAUGGUGUGCCAAACUGUCGUGGACACCAUCACAAAAAACAUGGGCCUUGAGACUAUGACACAAGUACAGAGCCUGACCAUGAACGAGUCGCUCAAGGGCCACGAUAUUCUAGCACAAGCACGUACUGGGACGGGGAAAACCCUUGCUUUUCUUAUACCUCUCCUCCAAAACAUUAUCAACGUGGACCCGAGGCUUGAGAAGCGCUCUCGUACUGGCCGUCGCGGCGAUUCUACGCAUAUCAGAGCCAUUAUAAUAUCUCCGACAAGAGAGUUGGCGGAGCAGAUCGCGGUGGAAGCAAAGAAAGUGACAAAAGAUACAGAUGUCAUCGUACAGACCGCUGUCGGUGGUUCGGCAAAAUCGCAGGGGCUUAGGAAGAUCAAGGCAGAAGGAUGUCAUAUCCUAGUUGGAACUCCAGGCCGACUGAAUGACAUUCUGUCCGACCCCUACAGCCAAGUCCGAGCGCCGCAGCUCAGCUGUUUCGUUCUAGAUGAAGCAGACAGAUUGCUAGACCAAGGAUUUGCGCCUGAAAUCCGAGCCAUACAAGACCUUCUACCCAAUAGGAAUCAGGUCGAUCGACAGACGCUCCUUUACUCUGCCACUGUGCCUCGAGAAGUCAUGAACGUUGUCCGCCAAACCAUGAAACCAAAUUUUCAAUUUGUUCGGACGGUGCAGGAAGGCGAACAGCAGACCCACGAAAAGGUACCCCAGAAACUAGUCAAUGUUGGGGGCUUCGAGAACCUCAUGCCCGCUGUAUUCGAGCUCUGCAAACGCGAAAUUGAUUCAAUAGCGAAUACCACGGGAGGACCUACACGACCGUUCAAAGCUAUCAUUUACUUCGGAGCUACGGCCGAUGUCUCGCUUGCCGCUUCUGUUCUCAAGAAUCUGAAGAACCCUGGACAAAGCAUUUUCCACCAAGGCCCUCUGCAUCCCGCUAAGAUUAUCGAAAUGCACGCGCGGCUCACUCAAGAUGCGCGAACCAGAGCAGCAGAGGCUUUUCGACGCGCAGAGUCUGGAAUCAUGCUCUCGUCUGAUGUGACUGCUCGCGGAAUGGAUUUCCCAAACGUCACUCAUGUCAUUCAAGUUGGUCUACCACCCUCAGAAGAGCAGUACGUCCACCGUAUUGGUCGGACGGCCAGAGGAGACAAGACUGGCGAGGGUUGGAUGUUCAUCACAAAUCUGGAAGCUAGAGAAAUCCGCCACAAGCUUCCGAAUAUGCCUCUAAAACCCGACAGCACUCUCGAAACCGCCAAAGUUGACAUGAAGAAAGAUGCUCAGCUGCCUGAGCACACAGCCAAGACUUUGACCACGGUAGGUGAUGCAAUGAAAAUAGUACCCCGCGGGCUGAAAGCCGGAUCGUACAUGGCGGCUUUGGGUGUUUUCCAGUGGUAUGGCAACAAGCAGGUACUCAUAGAUGCUUUGAACGACCGCGCAAGGUAUGGUUGGGGGAUGGAGACGCCACCGAUGGUCGGUCGAGCAUUGGCAUCGAAACUUCGCCUCGAUCGAGUACAGGGUAUCAAUAUAGGUCGUGAAGAUUACCAGUCCAAUUCCGCAGGCAAUGCAAGGGAUGUAGGUAUGCAGGGGCGCUCAAGGUUUGGCGGAGACAGAGGAAGCUAUGGCUCUGACCGGGAAGACGGUGGUCGUCCAUCUUACGGAGACCGCAAUCGCGGCGGAGGCGGCGAUCGCGGUGGCUAUGGAGGGAGCUUUGGCGGAGGCCGUGGUGGAGGCUACGGAGUGGACCGUGGCGGAGGUAGCGACCGCGGUGGUUCCGGAGGGCUCUUUGGCGGAGGCCGUGGUGGAGGUCGUGGUGGAAGCUACGGAGUGGACCGUGGCGGAAGCAAUGACCGCGGUGAUUACGGAGGGAGCCGUGGCGGAGGCCGUGGAGGCAGCUACGGAGGGGAUCGUGGCGGAGGCCGUGGUGGCUACGGAGGACGAGAGAGCAGGACUCGGUAUUAG